AUGUGGAGAAGAACAAUAACAAACUCUUCUUUUUUACGACAAAUUCAAUCAUUUUCAAAGAGAACGUAUCUUUCAGAAAACUACAAUCUUAAUCAAGCAUGGGAAGCACGCUUGUCAACUCCAAUUUUGAAACCAGUUAAUGUGGAAAAGUUGUACAUAGAAAUCGAUACCAAAUUUCAACAACAGAAGAAGAUAAGUCCUGUGGAUGUUGAUAUUUAUGCAAAUAAAGUCACAGGUAAUCGGCAUAUGGAGGAUAUUGCAGAUCUUAUGAAGAAACUUCGUUCAACAGAAGAAGCUUGUAAUGUUUUUGAUUCAUCACAACAUGCUCUGAUCAGGAAUUAUUUAGAUAAUGACAACAUAGAUUUACUUAUUUAUGUUUUGAAUCAUCGCUCAGACUAUGGAGUAUUCUUAGACUUUUUUAGUGCCAACAUGCUACUGGAUAAAUUAAUAAAGGCAGAAAAUUUUAAAGCUGGUGCACGAGUCGCAACGUUGCUUGCACUUCAAGAGGACUUCUCCAAUCAAAUAACACUCUACAUGUCACUCUUUUGUUGCUACAAGUUCUUAAAAAAUUUAGAGACUUUUACUGAUUUGGUCGAAGCAACUCCGCAAACUGGUGAAUCUGAAGGGACGGAAAAAAAGAAGAAAAAAGUUGAGGAGAUAAAAGUUCGUGUAAGAUAUAUAAGAAAUCCUUAUUUCGACGAUCAUUUUGAUUUGGAAAACACAAAUCAUUUGUUGGGAAAAACUUUCCUUUAUCUCGCUGAUGAAGUUAAAUCUAUAGAUGAAAUUUUGUCGAAUAGUUUGAAUCUUCUUGGUCUUGGUCUUUAUGAAAAGUUUGAAGCCGGAAAUAAAUUCCUAAGUGACAUUAAAAAGGGAACUUUCUAUAAAGAAGCUGUUGAAACUUUAAAACUUUUAAAGGAGAAAGUUGGGAAUUUGGAGGAAAACGAACCUGCAAAGAAUUUCUUUGAUUCUCUCGAAUCGCUCAAUACAAAAGAUGAAAAUGUCACCGCAUUUAUUGAGAAUCACUUAAAACAAGCCUAUUUCAGAGAAGAUCAAAUAUAUUGGGUGCACGAUCCUGAUAAGAAAUGUAAAUCUGGCGAUAUUGUGCUAAUCAAAGAAAUGCCGCAUAAAAUGACGAGAUUGAUAACCCAUUCGCUUGAGGAAAUUGUUCAUCCACUUGGUGAUGUUACAUGCCCUAUAACAAACAAGAAAGUUGUCGUUGGAAAAUAUCGUGAACAAAUUGAGACAGUUAAUGAAAUUAUUGGUAAAAACAAGAACGCCUUCGAUUACUCUAAAGCUCCACCAAGAGGUCGACAGGAAGGAAUCAAAGACUUCUCGCAUGGUCCGACGUUCAUCAAAUGGGUUGAAGAUGACAAAGUUGACCAAACAUUCGCAACUUAAUUUGUGUUCUGCUAGUUUUUAAUAGAAUGAUAAUAAAAACUUUAAAUUUGUCUAGUUCAGAAAAAAA